AUGGCAACUUCAAGUGCAGUAAAUAUUUUGAAUUAUGGAGCUGUUGGUAAUGGCAUCAAAGACGACAGCUUGGCAUUUUCAAAGGCAUGGAGUGACACAUGCAACUCAGUGGCAAACCAAUCUACCUUAUUGGUUCCAUCUGGUCAUACAUUUCUGGUCCAACCCCUCACCUUUACCGGUCCAUGCAAGUCCCCAAAUCUCUAUUUUCAGCUAGAAGGAGGGGUUAUAGCACCUGGUGGGCCUGAAAAAUGGAAAAUAAAGGCUCAAAGUUUGAUAUCCUUUGAGAAUGUAAGUGGGCUCACUCUUGAUGGUUAUGGGACUAUUAAUGGACUUGGUAAAGGUUGGUGGGAUCUCUCUUGUGCUCACCAUCCUAAAUUAAAGGGCUGUUACGAUAGGAGGCCUACGACACUAACAUUCAUAUAUUGUACAAGAAUUCGUGUGAAUAAUAUAUUCAUGAUUAAUAGUCCACAGGUUCAUAUACUUGUUUGGUAUGGUAAUGAUGUAAAAUUUGACUCUGUUUCUAUAAACUCUCCUGCUCUAAGUCCCAAUACUGAUGGAAUUCACAUUGAAGACUCUAAAAAUGUUUCAGUCUUCCACUCAGUUAUCAAAGCUGGGGAUGAUUGUAUAUCAAUUGGUGAUCAGUCUUUCCAUAUUUUGAUCGUUAACAUAUUUUGCGGCCCUGGUCAUGGCAUAAGUAUUGGAAGUUUGGGAAGGGAUGGUGAGGAAGUGAAAGUGGAGAACAUACAAGUUCAUCGUGCUAAUUUCUUUGGCACAACUAAUGGUGUCCGCAUCAAAACAUAUCAGGUAAUGUAUACAUUAAAAUUUAUUAAUAUUAAUUUGGUUGGAAAAGGAAUUGUUCAGCAUGUUGGAUUUAAAAAUCUAACGUUUCACAACGUGGAAAAUCCAAUCAUAAUUGACCAACACUACUGUUUUGAUCCAAAUGGCUGCCCAGACUUGCCCACGGCAGUUCAUAUAGACGAUGUGAAAUUCCAAGGGGCAAUUGGGACAUCAGCUUCAGAAGUGGCUAUGAAUCUAAAUUGUAGCAAAUCAGUGCCUUGUACCAAUAUUAACUUCAAGAAUAUACGAUUGAAACCAGCAAAAUCACUCAAGAGAAUCAAGUCAAGUUGCAACAAUGCUUAUGGAUCUAAUACUGGAACUGUUAAACCCUCUUCUUGUCUACACAGCUAG